UUCGUCUAGAAAACGUCUUGGAACUUAAUUGGCUAGGAUAGAAUUGGUUGAAUGCCGACGGCUACCUGACACCGCCCCCCUCGUCGUCUCCACCGAUUCCUUCGCUGUGCUCGACUUUUUCAAUUCAGUGCAAUUCAUUCAGCGGUACGGCUGUUAUCUCUCUGUUCCUACACGACUACAAUGUGUUCGUGAUCUACCGUUGUGUCUACAAUACAUUCGGUGCUGGAAAAAGGAAAGGAUUAUUUUUAUACGCAGGUUUUACCAGAUUCUAGUUGCAGUACCUUUUUGCCCUUUGGAGGUACGCAACGUACGUGCGCGAAUAUCCAAGUGUUCCAGCCAAAACAAAAACAUUGGAAUGGCCGAAUCUAACAUCGUCAAGUUUUACGAAGAUCGCUCAAUUUUUAUCACGGGUGCAACAGGGUUUAUGGGAAAAGUUCUUGUGGAAAAACUACUUCGAUCAUGUCCAGGUAUCAACCGACUCUAUAUUUUGAUGAGGCCAUCCAAGGGCAAAGAAGUUACCGUUCGCCUAAAGGAGCUCAUAAGCAACCAGGUGUUUGAUUCACUUCGAAGAGAGCAAUCCAAUAUGCUCGAAAAAAUCGUGGCCGUAACAGGAGACGUGACUCGAGAAGGCUUUGGAUUAUCGCCAUCUGAUUUGAAUUUGCUCAUUGAAAAUGUUUCCAUAGUCUUUAAUUUGGCCGCAACAGUAAGGUUUGACGAAGAGCUCAAGGAUGCCCUUCAAAUGAACGUCAAAGGCCCCAGGUACCUUCUCAAUAUUUGCCGCAAGAUGAAACACCUAGAGGCUUUUGUCCACGUCUCGACGGCCUUCAGCGUCGUCGACCGACCAGAAAUUGACGAAGUAAUUUAUCCAUCUACGAUGGAUCCCGUCAAAUUAGCCGAAUUCAUCGACGAGGCCGAUGCUUCACUUCUUAAUGGCAUUACCAAAGAACUUGUUGGCCCAUAUCCAAACACCUAUACCUACACCAAAAAGUUAGCCGAACAAAUUUUGGAAAAAGAAUGUGGUACCGUUCCACUGGCAAUAGUUCGACCGUCCAUCGUCACUGCAGCUCUUAGAGAGCCGUUUCCUGGUUGGAUAGAUAACUUAAAUGGUCCAACAGGAUUGAUUGCUGGUGGAGGAAAGGGAUUUAUUCGAGUAUUUAAAGCUGAGAGCCCUGACCUUAUAACUGACCUCAUUCCCGUCGAUUUGUCAAUCAACCUUAUGAUUGCAGUAGCAUGGCAUACAGCCACGCAUCGACCAGCGAAUUCAUCAGUCUACUUUAGUUCAACCAGUUACGACAAUCCUAUUACUUUUGGCCAGUUUGAGACCUUUACUACGUUCGCCUGGAGAAAAUAUCCAACUAAAGAUAUGCUCUGGUAUCCGACAUCGGAGAUCACAAAUAAGAACUGGUAUUAUCAGCUCAAUGUUCUGCUCUAUCAUAUUAUGCCUGCCGUUUUAGUUGACUGUUAUGCCAGAUUUAUGGGCCAGCGUGCAAACAGGGUUCGCUUGUACAAAAAAGCUUUUCGCGCACUAUCCGCCUUCGAUUUUUUCUUUAGUAAACAGUGGAAAUUCAUAAGUAAGAACUCGGAUGGAAUUUGGUCAACAUUGUCGGCGAAAGAUCGCAAAAUAUUUUAUUUUAAUGUUCGUGAAAUUAACUGGCUUGCGUACUUCGAAACCUACAUUUUGGGAACUCGUCGAUUUAUUCUCAAAGAUGACAUCAGUACUCUACCAGAAGCAAAGAAAAAUGUGACAAAGUUGUAUUUACUACGGAACUGCGUACAUAUGGUCUUUUUUGCAGCUUCUAUCCUGGGUUUUUCAGCUGUUUUCAAUUUUUUCAAGUUCCUUCUGCGCGGGCGAACCAUUGCAAUAAGUGAUUUGUAAUACUGAAUUCGUAUACCAAUAAACAGCUAAGUGCUAAUAACAU